ACACCGCCAGUGCAAGUUAGUAGAUCCGUUGGCGGCUACUGGAGAACCGGGUCACGCGAUGGCUUUCAAUUCACUUGUGAUAUUGCUGGUUUUGUUUACUGCUGGCCCAGCACUUUGCGUUCUGCAAUACGAUUUGGGAGCGUUGGCCGCGGAUAAUGUCUGGACAGUGGUCAACAAGAAUGGCAGCAUCAGCGUCAGUGCGACCGUCCCGGGCGGAAUUUACUCGGAUUUGCGAAGUGCAAAUAUAAUUGAUAGCGAAUUUUAUUACCGAUUCAACGACCACCUUCACAGAUGGGUUGGAUUAGAAACUUGGACCUACAGCAGGCAAUUCACGGUGCCAGCCGAGUUGACGGCAAAAAAGCAAAUAAAUCUAGUUUUCGAGGGCAUUGACACUUACGGUCAGAUUUUCAUCAACAAUGAAGUGCCAGUCACUGUGGACAACAUGUUCGUUCGAUAUGUCAUUCCAUUUACACUACAGACAGUCAAUACAAUUACUGUGGUGCUGCCGUCCACGGUCGAGUACGCGGCCAACAGGUCGGCGACGACUUUUGUCGCUCCAGCCUGCGUGGUACCCGAAUAUCAGGGCGAAUGUCACGCCAAUCAAGUGAGGAAAAUGCAGGCGUCGUUCAGUUGGGAUUGGGGUCCAGCUUUCCCGUCAGCUGGAAUUUGGAAAAACGUUUACGUUGAGGCGUACGAUACCCUGUUGAUUCGAGACACCAUCUACGAUAUUCAAUUUUCAGAGGCGGAUCAGAAUUGGAAUGUCAAUGUCAGAGUGCACGCAGAAGCUCUUUCAAGACAAGUCUCGUCCGGUGCUGGAGAUUUGGAAUUGCAAAUUCAAGUGGAUAACGUCACCAUCACCUCCAGAAAAAGGGUUUCUUACCAAAACAUUCAAGGAGAAAUCUCCUUUUCCAUUUCUACAAAUAUUCCUGCCUCUUCAGUACAAACGUGGUGGCCAAAUGGAAUUGGAAAAAGUCGCAAAAUUUAUACAUCCAGGGUGACCUACACUCCUGAUGGUGUGACCGAAACUGCAGAAAAGGACAAUACAAUUGCUUUCAGGACUCUUCGAGUGGUGCAGGACUUCGUCGAUCCAAACAAUAUAACCAAAGGGCGUCAUUUUUACUUUGAGGUGAACGGUCAGCCAAUUUUCAUGAAAGGCUCAAAUUGGAUUCCGGCCCACGUGCUCCCUGAGAUCGGUUCUGACCCCAAGUACGCGGAAAAUCUGCUCAGGGCGUCUGCAGAAGCCGACUUCAACAUGCUGCGGGUCUGGGGCGGCGGCGUCUACGAGAGCGACCGGUUUUACCAGCUUUGCGACGAGCUGGGCAUCCUGGUGUGGCAGGACUUUUUGUUCGCGUGCAGCAUGUACCCGGUGGACGGACCGUAUCUGGACAGCGUCCGAACCGAGAUCGUCCAGACCGUCCGACGACUGCAGCACCACCCGAGUAUCGCUCUCUGGGCAGGAAAUAAUGAGAAUGAAGCUGCCUUGAUCGGAAACUGGUAUCAAACUCAAGCCAAUUUCUCCGCGUACAAAGAUCAGUAUAUUCAACUUUACGUGGACACCCUGAAGCCUUUGGUCAACAUCGAAGACCCAACCAGGGCUUACUUGGUUUCCAGUCCAUCAAACGGAAUCAAGUCGGAGGAGGACGGCUUCAUUUCCAACGACCCAUACAGUGCCCUUUAUGGAGACAUUCAUUAUUACAAUUACUUGGCUGACGGUUGGGACCCUGCCGUGUACCCUCGAACGCGAUUCGCCUCCGAAUUCGGUUUCCAGUCUUACCCUUCAAUGUGGGCACUGAGGCAGGACGUGGCCGCCGGCGACCUGGACUUGGGUCUCAACAGCGAAAUCAUCAACCAGAGGCAGCAUCAUCCCGGUGGCAACGCGGAGUUGAAAUUGCAAAUCGAGCACCGGCUCUUGCCAGGAGGACAAUACAAUUGGGACAAUCUGGCCAUGUUUGAAAAGUUCACGUACCUCACCCAGAUUUAUCAAGCUAUGGCGACCAAAACUGAGGCCGAAUGCCACCGCCGAUGGAGGGGGUGGUACGAUGAGCCGACGGGAGAGGGUUUGACCAUGGGGUCGCUGUACUGGCAGCUCAACGAUAUUUGGAACGCACCCACCUGGGCGGGAAUUCAGCACGACGGCACGUGGAAAAUGAUGCACUACUACGCAGCCAAAAUUUUCAGCCCCCUUCACCUGUCCGCCUAUGUCACCCCUGACCGCCGACUCUCUCUUCACGCAAUAACCGAUUUACUGGACAACUACGGAGAUGUCAAAAGUCAAAUCAACGUCCACUCUUGGUCUCAGUUGGAACCACUUUUGUCGUUAAAUUACGAUUUCACACUGCAAAAUAAUUCCGCUUUUGAAGUUAACUCGCAACCCUUGGCGCCUAUUCUCGAAUCUGCCGGCUGCGGAAAUUUAAUUCAACACGCCCAAAGUCGAAUUCCCGAAGAUGCUUGUUUCUUGGUAGUGCAGCUUUUAGAAAGGAGUACCUCGGAGCUGCUUGCCGAAAAUUUCGUGAUUUUGUCACGAUUUGCCGACGCUGUUGGAAUUGUAGUUCGACCCCAGCUACAGAUUAAUGGAGUCACCCUGUCAACUAUGCAACCCCAGUUCAGUCGGUACGUCCAAGUUUUUGACAUUCAAAUAACAACGGACAACGUGGCUCCGUUCGUUUGGCUGGACGCGGCGGACGCCAAGGGCCGAUUUUCGGACAACGGCUUCAUUUUGACCAAUUCCACCAAAACCGUUCAGUAUUACGCCCUGGAAACGCUGACCGCUGCCGACCUGCAGGCGAAACUGACCAUCACUUCCUUAACUCACAAUUGGUUGUAAAAAAAAAAAAAAAUAUUGAAAUUGAGCGAUUUUAUUAAAAUAAAAAUAUAUUUUGAAA